AUGUCAUAUCUCCAGAACCAGCUCAACAGCUUCAAUGCAAGCGUGAAGGAGUCGGCAAACCGGAUGCCCACCCAGCGACGUGUAGCCAACAACAACCAACCUACACCGGUCUCCGGCACCAGCUCCCAGGUUGCAUCCUCCACGCCGACACCGUCAUCCACCAGCGAGCUGCUGAAGAAGAAGCGCCAUGAUCCCGAUAUCGUGUACUCGCAGCCCGCCAACACGGGUACGGGUAAGGAUAUCAUGACCCAGGUGCUCUUCGCCAUCGAGCACAUGAAGAGCAAGAACGUGGCGCUCAAGUUCUCCGAUAUCAUCUCAUACCUCUCUCUGCAAAGCCGUGCCCAUGACCAAGGGUACGUUCAGGCUCUGCGGAGCAUCUUGCAGAUGCACGAGAAGGUGGAGUUCGAUCCUAGUGGUGCCAACGGCGAAGGCACUUUCCGAUUCCGUCCCACGCACAACAUCCGCAACCCGGAGCAGCUCCUGAAGCAUCUGCAGAACCAGAAGACUGCGUCUGGGAUGAGUGUUCGGGAUCUCAAGGAGGGCUGGCCAAACGCGGAGGAAGGGAUAAAUCAGAUGGAGAAGGAAGGGAAGCUACUCGUGACGCGGAACAAAAAGGAUGAUCAUCCCAAGAUGGUGUGGGCCAAUGAUCCUUCUCUCAUUGAGCGCUUCGACGAUGAGUUCAAGCAGAUUUGGGAGAAGAUUAAGAUUCCUGAUCCGAAUGUCGUCAAGGAGGAACUAGAGAAGUUUGGUAUCACACCAACCAACAAGAACAAGGUCGUUGGACCCCGGGUUGUUGCGCCGUCUCGGAAGGCGAAGAAGCCGCGUCGCAGCGGAAAGACGACCAACACACAUAUGACUGGCAUUCUCAGGGACUACUCGCAUCUCAAGCGGUAG